AUGCCUGGGGUUAGGCCUAAUUACGGCGUUGGUCCUUCACGAGUCCAAGGCAUCAGCAGCGGUCACCGCCGAGCCAUGGGAUCCGCAACUGCAUGUUCGAUACAGACACCUCGUCUCGCCGAGAACGAAAAGACGGGUUCCGAGGAACCUGUUGGAGGGUUUGAGAUCGUAGGAGACUCUGGAGUGUCUGCUCAACAAAUGUUCUUGGGAACGGAGAACCUGGUAUAUAUUCUAGACAAAGUAGAGGACAAUCCUAUGAAGAUCAAUAACCAUGCUGCCUGGGGCACAGUCUACGAUAUCGACGCAAACACCGCAACCCCAAUGGAGGUGGUCACAAACACCUUUUGCGCUGGAGGAGCGAUGUUGGGUACUGGUGCCUGGCUGAAUAUUGGAGGCAACCAAGCCGUUGACCCUGGAGGAGGAAAUUCCACCUCUCAAUCUGGAAACAAUACAUACCAAAACUCCGAUGGUGGAUUCUCAGCACGAACUAUCAUCCCAGGUCCCGACAAUCAAUGGGAAGAUGAUCCAACUCUGGAUUUCGUCAAUAACAGUAAUCCUACGUACGAGUUCUGGCCACCGUACGGAGGGGAGAGCCCGAUUGGCAGUCCAAUAUUGGAAAACACUCUUCCAGCUAACUUAUACCCAAUCGUUCAUCUCCUUCCCAGUAACCAACUUCUCCUCAAUAUCAACAAGGCGGCAGCUGUUCUCGACACUACCAACGACCACGAAUACCCUCUUCCUGAGGUGCCCUAUGCAGUUCGGACCUACCCCGCCAGCGCAUCAAGCGUCAUGCUCCCUCUCACCGUGGAGAAUGGUUGGAACGCUACGGUCAUGUAUUGUGGAGGAAGUGAUGUCGCCAAGGACGAUUGGCUCUCGAGUUUGGCGCUCAUCAACAUUCCAGCUUCGUCUAGUUGUAUCACGAUAUCACCUGCGACAGAGAAUACGUGGCAAGACGAUGACUCGCUUCCUCAAGGUCGAGUGAUGGGCAGUGCUAUCCUCUUGCCCGAUAGCACUGUCGUCGUGCUCAACGGGGCCAAUCAGGGUGUAGCUGGAUAUGCUGGAAAUCCAGCUCAGCAGGCGUGGUCUGCAGAUGAUGGCUUUGCGGAAGCACCCACUCUCAUGCCCAUCAUCUAUGAUCCUAAGAGACCACAAGGCGAGCGAUGGUCGGAAUCUGGUCUCAAACAGUCCACUGUACCGAGAAUGUAUCACUCUACCGCCACCCUAUUACCAGAUGGUUCCGUGCUAGUUUCCGGAAGCAACCCCCACCCCGACUACAGUCCCAAUAAGAAAUACCCCACCGAAUACCGCGUUGAACGCUUUUACCCUCUUUACUACAACAAGCGGCGCCCAGAGCCUUCUGGCGUUCCCACCCAAAUUAGCUAUGGAGGCUCUUACUUUGAGCUCCAUUUGUCUUCGGACGACUUGUUUGGCAAUAAGGGAAACGUAAAUACGGUCAAGGUCGUCUUGAUGAAGACCGGCUUUUCGACACACGCCAUCAACUUUGGAAUGAGGAUGGCAGAAUUGGAUCACACGUUUACCGAUAACGGAGACGGAAGUGUUACGCUUCAUGUCAGCCAAGCCCCUCCAAACCCUGCCAUCCUCCCACCAGUACCGGGAGCGGCCUUAAAGAGCACAAAUAUUGGUGCCGC